GGCCGGUUCCUUUUAACAAGUGCUACAGAGGCCUAUAAGGGACCAACUCCUGAUGUAAGCAUGCUGCUCCUGGGGUCAGUGUCUUGUUUAAUGGCUUGUUUGGUUUGGGAAAAGGGUCUUUGUGAUAGUAGAAGAAAGGAUGCCAACAAAGACAACGCCAGGGAGCUGCUCCUGAGGGUUGUGGAAUACUUCAAACCAGACACACAUUACCUGACUCCAGCAUUUGGUUUCCUCACCCUUGGAGUUUUCUGUGACACCUACAUCCCACUUUACCAGGGGAAGGUCAUUGAUAUGCUAAGAGGAGAGGAGCUUCACUCCAGUUUUGGUUAUGCCAUUGCACAGCUGGCACUUGUGUGUUUUGGAAGUGCUUUGUUCUCUGGCCUGAGAGGAGGCUUCUUCAUGUUCAGCCUGAACAGACUGAACAAGAGACUGAAGCAUCUGCUUUUUCACACCCUUCUGCAGCAAGAGGUGAACUUCUUUGAUGACAACAAACCUGGGGAGCUCUCCUCUCGUCUACACGAGGACGUAGACCUUAUGGGUCGCACAGUGGCGUUGAAUGUCAACGUGGUUGUCCGCAGCGUAGUCAGGACCUGCCUAAUGCUCAGACUGAUGUUAGGUCUGUCCUGGCAACUCACUCUUCUCACAUGUAUAGAGAUGCCAUUCUUGGCCAUCAUUCAGAAUAAAUACAAUACUUUAUCUAAGGAGCUGAAGGACCAGCUCAGGGACUGUCAAGCUAGGAUAAAAAAACUGGCUACGCAGACCAUCACUGGCAUCCGAACAGUUCGCAGCCUUAGAGGUGAGAUGGAAGAACUGAAGAGGUACAAACAGGCUGUGGACCAGAUGUCUUCCAUCAAGAGACGGUCAGGGUUCACCAAGGCCGUCUUCCUCAUUUUAAGAAGGCUGGUGAGUCUGGUGAUAAAUGUUUUGAUGCUGGUGCAAGCUCACAACCUCAUCUCCUCGGGACAACUCAGUGUCGGAAGUCUGGUUUCCUUCAUCCUAUACCAAAAACCCAUGUCUGUGAACUUAAGGGAGAUUCUGUUAGGCUACGGAGGAAUCGUGUCCACAGUUGGAGUCAUCGCCAAAGUGGUUAGUUAUCUCGACAGGACGCCAAAGUGUAAGAAGGCUGGAGACUUGGCUCCAGAGAAUCUGCAGGGAAGAAUUGAUUUCCAAAAUGUCACCUUCAGCUACCCUUCAAGUCAAGAUACAGUAGUGCUGAAUUCAGUGUCCAUGCAGCUGCAGCCUGGAACCAUAACAGCCCUCAUCGGUAGCAGUGGCAGUGGAAAAACAUCCUGUGUCAGCCUCCUGAAGAGGCUGUAUGAACCUGGAGAGGGGCAGAUCCUGCUGGACGGACAACCUCUGCACCAGUACGACCAUCAGUACUUCCAUAACAAGGUGGUCGUGGUUUCCCAGGACCUUGUGCUGUUUUCUGGUUCACUGAGAUCCAACAUAGAAUACGGCCUGAAGGACUGCAGCUUUGACAAAGUCACAGAAGCUGCCAAAAAGUCCAAUGCCCACGACUUCAUAUCAGAGCUGGAGAAUGAGUAUGACACAGAUAUAGGAGAACGUGGGUGCAAACUGUCAGAGGGACUGAAACAGUGCAUCUCCAUCAGCAGAGCUCUGGUCCGAGAUCCACAGGUUCUGAUCCUGGACGAGGCCACCAGUAAACUGGAUGUUGAAAUACAGCAUGCUGUCCUGCAGGAGAUUGUGUCCUGUGGCUGGACAGUCCUGAUGGUAGCUCAUGAUCUGAAGACUGUGGAGGAGGCACAUCACAUCAUCUACAUGGAGAGAGGGACAGUGGUGGAGGAGGAUGACUACAGAAAAUGGUACUGUGCAACCCCUGUAGUUACAUUAUGUUCUGUCAGAUGCAGCUGUGUCAUCAGGAAGUGACAAAAAGCCCACAAUCAUCCUCGACUAUAACAAAAACAAAGGAGGAGUGGAGAACCUGGACAAGCUGACUGCCACCUACACUUGCCAGCGAAUGACCAGGAGAUGGCCAAUGGUUGUGUUUUACAACAUCCUUGAUGUGUCUGCAUGUAACGCAUUUAUGUUGUGGACCCACAUCCACCAAGGGUGGAACUCAACCAAAAAAGUCAAGCGGAGAAUGUUUCUUGAGGAGCUGGGAAAUUCCCUUGUCAAGCCACACAUUGAGUGAAAGGAACAGUUGCCCAGAGACCCAGACGCUGCCGCCUUGGUCAGACAGCUGCAGAGCUCACCUUGCACUCCGUCCACGCCCUCAGCAACACAAAGAGCAUCCACAACAGCUUCCUCCUCAGUCAGCCCUGUCUCAACACCAACCAGAACAGCCACAGCCACAACCCCACUCAGGCCACCUGAUUCUAAAAGAAAGGUGUGUCAAGUCUGCCCAAGCAGUAAGGACAGAAAGACAAACGUAUUGUGCUUCAAGUGCAAGAAAUAUCUCUGCAAAGAACACACUAAAAGUGUCACUUUUUGCCACACAUGCAUCUAAACACACACACAUACACAUGCAUGUUCUUGCACACAGAGACUUUUACUCUGAUUUGGUAUUUUGGUUUGAUUUGCUGGAUUGGUUGUUGUUUGUUUGACCUUGUUUGAAAUCUAUAUUUUGUGUUAUG